UCUGCCAACUUAACCUUAAAGGUCAGUUACUCUUUUUAUUCAAGUUUAGUAUCAAAGAUGAACAUAUCGUUCGUCAAACUUGGUCACGAACAAUGUGAAACUUGCGUUUGUGCAACUUUACAUCAGGACACUUCAGGACACAAAGAAGAAGAUCGUUUUAUUGUGGAAUGCUCCGUUUGUAGAUCACACGUCGAACAUAUGCGGCUGGCAACAAUUUCACGAUCAGUUUACCGCAAUGAUGGAGAUGAAGUUUGUCCAAAAGAAAUCGUGCUUGCUGUGGACCUUCAGAAGGUCAUCCAGCUACCACGAUUAGAAGGUUUAAAAACGGUUGUCUUCACUCAGCGUUUGAUAUCUUUUAAUGAAACAUUCCGACGGGUGGGUAAAUACGCGAAGAAUUUCCCAGUUAUUGCAUGUCUGUGGAACGAGUCAAUUUCUGGUAGAUCCGCGGCUGACAUAACUAGCUGCUUCAGUAAGGUCAUAUUAUGGUGCUGCACAAACGAAAUUGAGAAACACACCAAAAUCUUAAAUCGCAUUUCAGCAAAAUGGUUUGCUGAAAAUCAAUCAGCAAUUUUGUAG